AUGAAAACAUUUUCCCUAUCGAUUUUUUGCAUUUUCCUACUUUUUAUUUUAUUUCGCUACUGCAGCUCUCUCAAUUUAUCUAAAGCUUUACAAAAUGUAUUUGAUUCAAAUAGCUGUGAAAAGAAGUGCAUGUUUAAUUACACCGAAAUAACUUCAAAAACAAUACAAUUUUUCCCGAAAUGCGAGGUUGUCUGUGCAAUUAUAGUUAUAGAUUCUAGAACUGACUUAGCACAUGAGAAAUUGGAAAAGGCCUUCAAGAAAAUGAACUUUUUGGUUGGCGGGUUACGAAUCGAGAAUACAAAGUAUACAAGCCUAUCUUUCAUAACUACAAGGUUUCCAAAUGGGCCAUUUAAUUUUUCAUGCAGCGAUUAUGGCUUAUUCAUCAAGAACAAUUCCGAGUUGAACGAAAUUGAUGUGCUAUAUAGAUUUAAUAUGAUUCGUCGAGAAGGUCUGAAGGAGUGUAAUUUCGAAGUUGAAAAUAAUGAGAAACUUGAAAUAUUUUGUUACACGAAUUAUCUAGAUCACUAUAUGAACAUGAAGAUUUUUGGAAACAAGAGAGAUUGCGAUGGCUGCCAAUUUGGAGAGGUUGAUGUUUAUAAACCGAAUCACAUGGAUAAUUGUGAUACUUUGGUAAAUGGUUUGAAGGUUUUCAAUGUCACUGGUGAAGGAGAUCUUUCUUAUUUAUCAACCGUUAAAGUCAUCAAAGGAAACAUUGAAAUCCGCCACACUACCCUGCAGAAUCUCUCAUUCAUUUCGAAACUCGAAAGAAUAAAAGUUCAAAAUGAAGGAAUCGAUGAGCAACUUCUCAUUAAUAUUCACGAUAAUCCAAAUAUGACGCGGCUGGGGCUCCCGAAUUUUCAGGAUAUCGAAAAUUAUUGGAGUGGAAUUAUUCGAGUAAACUUUGAAAAUUUGCAUCCAGAUUUUUGCCUAACCCUCCCCGAGUUGAACAAUUUCUUCCUACAGUCUGAUCUUUCUGUGGAGAAUCUAGACGCAAAAUUAUGCGAGGACUAUGGAAAUCUAGAAGAUAUAGUUUUAUGCAUUUUCAUCUCAAUGGAGGAGCUCCCGAAUAAUUGUGAAAUAAUAAUGGGGAAUUUGAUUAUAGAAGGUGGAGAUGAGGACUAUGUGACGAAGCUUAGAGUGUUAGAAUUUUUAUUCGGCUCCCUGAUUAUUCAAAAUACAACUUUGGAUAGCAUCGGUUUUCUGGAUUCGCUACACUAUAUUACAGUAUUAAAUGAGUCAUCCCCAGUUGCAAUGAUAAUCUCGAAUCCAAAUUUGAAAUACGCGAAAAUGAGCGGAAUUUGGAACAUUCUCACAAGAGGAGAAAGAUUGGCAAUCAUACAAGACAAUCAUCCGGAAUUCUACGAGCCUUGCCAACUUUUCCGGAUUUAUGUAGGCUCGUAUGUUAAUUACAGAGAGUAUAGAUCAAAUUUGACUUAUACUGGAAGUAAUUGCGGCAAAAGAGUUGAGCUACAACUAGAAGAUAUACAAUCUGGAGCACAACACCAUCUGGGAGCCUGUGUAGUUUUAAUAUGGACCUUGGCAUGUUACUUUACCAAAAAUUACAUAAAUGUUUUAUUCUGA